UCCCGCCCCGGCUCUUCGGGGCCCGGGGGUCCCGGCCGCCGCCCCCCUCCUGCGCGCGGCGUCGCGACCGGGGGUUCCGCGCGUGUCCUGGGCGGCCUGGCCGGGGCGCCGCCGAGCCGCGGGCGGGCGAAGACGAUGUCUGCGGUGCGGCGGGUGCUCCGCGUCUCCAACCGCUCCCUGCUCGCCUUCAUCUUCUUCUUCUCCCUGUCCUCGUCCUGCCUCUACUUCAUCUACGUGGCCCCGGGCCUCGCCAACACAUAUCUCUUCAUGGUACAAGCUCGAGGAAUGAUGUUGAAAGAAAAUGUGAAAACAAUAGGGCAGAUGAUCAGGCUGUACACAAAUAAAAACGCUACCACCAACGGUACAGAUUAUCCUGAAGGCAAUAAUUCAAGUGAUUAUCUUAUUCAAACAACAACCUAUCUUCCGGAAAACUUCACAUAUUCACCAUACCUCCCCUGCCCAGAAAAGCUGCCUUACAUGCGCGGAUUCUUCAAUGUCAAUGUAAGUGAAAUUAGUUUUGAUGAAAUUCAUCAACUCUUCUCCAAGGAUUUAGAUAUUGAGCCAGGAGGUCACUGGAGGCCUAAGGACUGUAAACCCAGAUGGAAGGUGGCCGUUCUCAUUCCUUUCCGUAACCGCCACGAGCAUCUUCCAAUUUUCUUCUUACAUCUGAUUCCAAUGCUCCAGAAACAGAGGCUGGAAUUUGCCUUUUAUGUCAUUGAACAGACUGGCACACAGCCUUUUAACCGUGCAAUGCUCUUCAACGUGGGCUUCAAAGAGGCCAUGAAAGACAGCGUGUGGGACUGUGUAAUCUUCCACGAUGUGGAUCAUCUACCUGAAAAUGACCGAAACUAUUACGGAUGUGGAGAAAUGCCGCGUCAUUUCGCAGCAAAGCUGGAUAAAUACAUGUAUAUCCUUCCAUAUAAAGAGUUUUUUGGUGGUGUCAGUGGACUGACCGUGGAACAAUUUAGAAAGAUCAAUGGUUUUCCUAACGCCUUCUGGGGAUGGGGAGGAGAAGACGAUGACCUUUGGAAUAGAGUUCACUAUGCUGGAUUUAAUGUCACAAGACCAGAGGGAGACUUGGGAAAAUAUAAGUCUAUUCCUCAUCACCAUCGAGGUGAAGUCCAGUUUUUAGGACGGUAUAAAUUACUAAGAUAUUCAAAAGAACGUCAGUACAUCGAUGGGUUAAACAAUUUAAUAUAUACGCCAAAAAUACUCAUUGAUAGGUUGUAUACAAAUAUAUCUGUACACCUCAUGCCAGAGUUAGCCCUGAUUGAAGACUAUUAAAAGAAGCUGCUCUCUCGGCCUACGGACCACAAUGCCGGGUCACGGAUGGGAGCGUAUUCUCUGCGGAGGCAGGAAGGGGUGUGCCCGGUGCCCUGCUCUGGGCAAAGAGCCAGCAGCCCGCAGUGUUGCCCGUGGGAUUGUGUCCAGCCAGCCCUUUCCCACCCAUCACCCAUCCUCUGCCCUGAGACACACCCCAUGAUGAGCACUGCAGAGACUAGAGGUCACCGCUGAAGUUGGGAAGUUAAGAGAGCUCCUUGCAAAGAGAAAAUUUUUAUACUAAAGUCUAAUUUAAUUCAAGAGAAUGCUUUAUUUCUGUUUAAACAUUUUGUACAUAUGUGAUGUAAAUUA